UAGUAUCGCAGUAAAGGGCGUAGUGAUGUACCUCGUGGUCAGGAGUAGAUUGAAUUCGGGUGUAGGAGAAUGAUAGAACAGCUAGGUCGAAUCAGAGUAUAAUCCAAAGCAGCCAAACAGCGAUGUAGAAGGUAAUAAGGGAGACAGAAAGUGGAGUAGAAGCGUGGACAUGGGGGGGCCAUCUUUCCGCUCCGCUGGAGACGGGAGCGGACGUAAGUUACUGGCGGAACACGCUGACAACAACUAUAUGAAACAGGCCAUCGGGCCUUCUGUCGGGACCCCACUCCAUCUGACUCUGAAUCUGCUCCCUCCAAUCCCAGAAAAAAGGAAGACGAAGGAGAAGAAGACAGGAGUAGAAAAUGCCUCCUACCCUGCUCGCCGUCGGAGCGACGGGGAACAUUGGCGUCGCCGCCAUCCUCGCCGCGCGGAAGUGCCAAUACAAUGUGCUCGCAAUUGUACGCAACCAAGCGAGCGCCGAUAAGCUCUUCCAACACGUCGGCUCCCGCGAGGGCAUCACUACGGUUGAAGCGGACGUGACGCUGGAAAAUGGAGUGCAGAGUGUAGUGGAUCGCGUGCGCGCCGGGGAGUUGCCUGCAUUUCAGCACGUGCAUUCUAGCUGUGGUGCGUGGAUCGAUACACCGCUGAGCGAGAUCUCUGUGGCGGACUUCAAGAAAGCGAUGAAUAUCAAUUUCGACUCGAACUUCUACGCCUACCGCGCCACGAUCCCCUACCUCCGCGAGAACCACGAGCCCAGCAGCUUCACCCAAUGUACCGGCGCCGCCCCAGACUUUGGCACCGGCGGCGUCACAGGCGCCUCCCAAGGCGCCCUCUUCUCGAUGCUCAAAGUUGCGAGCAAAGAGAACGACAAGACCAACGUGCGCGUCAACGAGAUCUACCUCUCCGCACGCGUGGACUACGAUUCCGUCGCGGAGGGAAAGAAAGGGAGCAUUCAAGCGAGCGAUUUUGCGAAAGCGUAUCAGGGGAUUCUCGAGAGGGAGGACUUGAAAGGUGCUCGGGUGACUGUGCACGGGAAAAAGGACUUGGAGGAGUUGAAGAUUGCGAAGCUGGUGUCGAUGUCUUGUGUGUUGCCUUUGCCUGAUUGAAUACCUUCGCUGCAAUUCAUAUGGCAGUGCCAGUCGGGAGCUGUCGAUGCUGGUCAGCGCUAGCCCAUCCGCAGUUGUACACAUCUAAGUCAAGAUGUCGAGGUACAUAUAAGCGUUCAUCCCCUGGCAAAUACUGCUGUUUCUGCAAGGAGCACAAAAUGUCGGCCAUCUACCCAAGCCUCGCUAACAAGAUAAUAUGCAUCACUGGCGGCGCCGAAGGGAUCGCUGCUGCCGCCGUGGAGCUCUUCUGCAACCAAGGCAGCCGAGUCAUCUUCUUCGACAUCUCCAACACCUCAGCAGAAACAUUAAUAGCCAAGAUCCAAUC